GCCUGGGCUAGUAGUGCAGGUGCCGCUGCGCCGGGGCCGGGGAGGCUGCGCGCCGAGCCGAGUGGAGCCGGGGAGGGAUGGAGAGCGGGCCGCCCGGGCUGCAGGAGCACCGGCGCGGGGCGUAGGCGGGCGCGAGCGGGCGUGAGCGUAGCUCGGGCGCGAGAAGUGUGCGGGCGCAGGAGCACUUUGCGAUAGGAUGAGGUUCUUGGCUGGCGCGCGGUAGUACUAUGAUUUGGUAUGUGGCCACUUUGAUAGCAAGUGUGAUCAGCACCCGAGGUCUUGCGGCUCAAGCUGCCCACGGCCUACGAGAGGAGCCCGAGUUUGUGACCGCAAGAGCCGGUGAGAGUGUGGUCCUGCGAUGCGACGUGAUUCAUCCGGUGACGGGACAGCCCCCGCCCUAUGUCGUGGAGUGGUUCAAGUUUGGGGUGCCCAUCCCUAUCUUCAUCAAGUUUGGCUACUAUCCACCUCACGUGGACCCUGAGUAUGCAGGCCGGGCAAGCCUUCAUGAUAAAGCAUCCUUACGGCUGGAACAGGUCCGCUCUGAGGACCAGGGCUGGUACGAGUGCAAAGUGCUCAUGCUGGAUCAGCAGUAUGACACCUUUCACAAUGGCAGCUGGGUCCAUCUCACCAUCAACGCUCCUCCCACCUUUACAGAAACACCCCCCCAGUACAUUGAGGCCAAGGAAGGUGGCAGUGUUACCAUGACCUGCACAGCUUUUGGAAACCCCAAGCCCAUUGUCACCUGGCUUAAGGAGGGGACACUCCUAGGUGCUAGUGGGAAAUACCAGGUGAGUGAUGGCAGCCUGACAGUGACAUCGGUCAGUAGGGAGGACAGAGGUGCCUAUACCUGUCGUGCAUACAGCAUCCAGGGAGAGGCUGUCCAUACCACUCAUCUGCUUGUCCAAGGGCCUCCCUUCAUAGUUUCCCCUCCUGAGAACAUCACUGUCAACAUAUCCCAGGAUGCUCUGCUCACCUGCCGGGCAGAGGCGUAUCCUGGCAACCUCACCUACACCUGGUAUUGGCAGGAUGAAAACGUCUACUUCCAGAACGACCUGAAGUUGAGAGUGCGGAUCUUGAUUGAUGGGACCCUGAUCAUCUUCCGAGUGAAGCCUGAGGAUGCGGGGAAGUACACAUGCGUCCCUAGCAACAGCUUGGGGCGCUCCCCCUCUGCCUCAGCAUACUUAACUGUGCAGUACCCAGCCCGUGUCCUCAACAUGCCCCCUGUCAUCUACGUGCCCGUGGGAAUUCACGGCUAUAUCCGAUGCCCUGUGGAUGCAGAGCCGCCGGCCACCGUGGUCAAGUGGAACAAGGAUGGCCGCCCCCUGCAGGUUGAGAAGAACCUGGGUUGGACCUUGAUGGAGGAUGGCUCCAUUCGGAUUGAGGAGGCCACAGAGGAGGCUCUUGGCACUUACACCUGUGUGCCUUACAACACCUUGGGGACCAUGGGCCAGUCUGCUCCCGCACGGCUUGUCCUGAAGGAUCCCCCGUAUUUUACGGUGCUACCAGGCUGGGAAUAUAGGCAGGAGGCUGGCCGGGAGCUGCUCAUUCCCUGCGCUGCUGCGGGGGACCCUUUCCCUGUCAUCACGUGGAGAAAGGUAGGGAAGCCCAGCAGAAGCAAGCACAAUGCCCUGCCCAGCGGGAGUCUCCAGUUCCGAGCCCUGAGUAAGGAGGACCACGGGGAGUGGGAGUGCAUCGCCACCAACGUGGUCACCAGCAUCACUGCCAGUACCCACCUGACUGUCAUCGGCACCAGCCCCCAUGCCCCGGGCAGUGUCCGGGUCCAGGUCUCCAUGACAACUGCCAACGUGUCCUGGGAGCCAGGCUAUGAUGGAGGAUUCGAGCAGACAUUCUCAGUUUGGUACGGACCUCUGAUGAAGCGGGCACAGUUUGGGCCCCAUGACUGGCUGUCUUUGCCAGUGCCGUCGGGACCCAGCUGGUUGCUAGUGGACACCCUGGAGCCUGAGACAGCAUACCAGUUCAGCGUCCUGGCCCAGAACAAGCUGGGAACGAGCGCCUUCAGUGAGGUGGUCACUGUGAACACUUUAGCAUUCCCUAUCACAACUCCAGAACCCCUGGUGCUGGUUACCCCACCAAGGUGCCUCACAGCCAACCGGACCCAGCAGGGUGUGCUCCUGUCUUGGCUCCCCCCUGCUAAUCACAGCUUUCCCAUUGACCGCUACAUCAUGGAAUACCGUGUCGGGGAACACUGGGAGACGUUAGAUGGUGCCAUCCCAGGCACUGAUGGAGAGUUCUUUGCCAAGGAUCUGUCACAGGACACCUGGUAUGAAUUCCGGGUUCUGGCCGUCAUGCAGGAUCUGAUCAGCGAACCCAGCAACAUCGCCGGCGUCUCCAGCACAGACAUCUUCCCACAGCCGGACCUGACCGAUGACGGGCUAGCUCGGCCUGUGUUGGCUGGAAUCGUAGCUACCAUCUGCUUCUUGGCAGCUGCCAUCCUGUUCAGCACCCUGGCCGCCUGCUUUGUCAACAAGCAGCGCAAGCGUAAGCUCAAGCGCAAAAAAGAUCCUCCACUCUCCAUUACUCACUGCAGAAAGAGCCUUGAGUCUCCCUUGUCCUCUGGCAAGGUGAGCCCCGAGAGCAUCCGCACACUCCGGGCCCCGUCGGAGUCCUCCGAUGACCAAGGCCAGCCAGCAGCCAAGAGGAUGCUGAGUCCCACCCGGGAGAAGGAGCUGUCAUUGUACAAGAAGACCAAGAGGGCCAUCAGUAGCAAGAAGUACAGUGUGGCCAAGGCUGAGGCCGAGGCUGAGGCCACGACGCCCAUCGAGCUCAUCAGCAGAGGCCCCGAUGGUCGCUUCGUGAUGGAUCCGUCCGAGAUGGAGCCCUCGAUGAAGAGCAGGCGCAUCGAGGGCUUCCCCUUUGCCGAGGAGACGGACAUGUACCCUGAAUUCCGCCAGUCGGAUGAGGAGAACGAGGACCCGCUGGUGCCCACAUCUGUGGCUGCCCUGAAGUCUCAGCUGACCCCUCUGUCGUCCAGCCAGGAGUCCUACCUGCCACCACCAGCAUAUAGCCCUCGGUUCCAGCCCCGUGGGUUGGAGGGCCCCGGCAGCCUGGAAGGUCGGCUCCAGGCCACAGGCCAGGCCAGACCCCCCGCCCCCCGGCCCUUCCACCAUGCCCAGUAUUAUGGGUACCUCAGCAGCAGCAGCCCAGGGGAGGUGGAGCCGCCGCCCUUCUACAUGCCAGAAGUGGGCAGCCCCUUGAGCUCGGUCAUGUCCUCCCCACCCCUGCACACUGAGGGGCCUUUCGGCCACCCCACCAUUCCUGAGGAAAAUGGAGAGAAUGCUUCCAACAGCACGCUGCCCUUGACUCAGACACCCACAGGAGGGCGCUCCCCUGAGCCCUGGGGCCGGCCAGAAUUCCCCUUUGGGGGCCUGGAAACCCCGGCCAUGAUGUUUCCCCACCAGCUGCACCCCUGUGAUGUAGCCGAGAGUCUGCAGCCCAAGGCCUGCCUCCCCCGAGGACUGCCCCCCACCUCCCUGCAGGUGCCCGCAGCCUACCCAGGCAUCCUGUCUCUGGAGGCACCAAAGGGUUGGGCAGGCAAAUCGCCGGGCAGAGGCCCCGUCCCAGUGCCCACCUCCGCUAAGUGGCAGGACAGACCUAUGCAACCUCUGGUGAGCCAAGGGCAGCUAAGACAUACCAGCCAAGGUAUGGGCAUCCCUGUGUUGCCUUACCCCGAGCCAGCCGAGCCCGGGGGGCACAGCGGCCCCAGCACAUUUGGCCUGGACACCCGGUGGUAUGAGCCCCAGCCCCGGCCCCGGCCCAGCCCCCGGCAGGCCAGGCGCGCCGAGUCCAGUUUACAUCAAGUGGUGCUACAGCCCUCCCGGCUCUCGCCUCUGACCCAAAGCCCCCUCAGCUCCCGCACCGGCUCCCCUGAGCUUGCCCCCCGGGCCCGGCCUCGCCCGGGCCUCCUGCAGCAGGCAGAGAUGUCGGAGAUCACCCUGCAGCCGCCGGCCGCUGUCAGCUUCUCUCGCAAGUCCACACCAUCCACGGGCUCCCCUUCCCAGAGCAGCCGCAGCGGGAGCCCCAGCUACCGGCCUACCAUGGGCUUCACCACGCUGGCCACAGGCUACCCUUCCCCUCCGCCAGGCCCUGCAGGGCCUGCGGACAACCUGGAUGUGUUUGGACAGACGCCUUCCCCUCGAAGGAUGGGGGAGGAACUGCUCAGACCAGAGCCCCCCCCACCGCCAUUACCUACUUCAGGGUCUUCUGGUUGCCCUGCAGAUUGGUUUCCAUCUGAGGCAGGCCUCCCACUGCUGGAGCUUUCUUCUGGCCUUUCUCCCUUCCAGGAGCAAUCAAGAGGCAGGUGUCAAGGAACCACUGUGGAUGCCUGGGACUCUGUCCUCCUAACACAUCCACCUGCACCCGGGAAUGCUGCUGCACCUGAGAGGCUGGAGGCUCUGAAAUACCAACGGAUAAAGAAGCCCAAAAAGUCAUCCAAGGGCUCUUCGAAGUCAAAGAAACGAUCCGACGGUUCUGCCUCCCAGGCUCAGCAGCUUCCAGAUUCCCAGGUUCUGUGGCCCGAUGAAGCCGUCUGCCUCCGAAAGAAGAAGAGACAUUCUCGGCCUGACCCCUUUGCCCGCCUCUCAGACCUGUGCCACCGCCAGCUUCCGGAAGACCAGACGGCGAUUCUUAACAGCGUGGAUCACGAUGACCCUGGCCACGCCACCUUGCUGUGACGCGACACAACUCUAAGUUGUCCUAGGGGGGUCACGCUGGGCUGAGGGGCGGGGGAGGGAGGAUGACGGUGUGCCAGCUGAGGGGUAGUCUGGGGGGCUGCUCCGACCUUUGUUCUGCUCAUUCUCUCUCCAGCGAGAGUGCAGCCUCCUCCAAAUCCUGGCCAGCUGGUCUCACUUUGGGGACAGUGGGCCAGGGGCAGACCUAUAGGUAGAGAUCAGGAAGUGAACUGGGGACAGGGAGAGAUCGGCCUCCUUCCCACCUCUCCCCUCUUCACUGGCUUGAUUUUUCUCACCUCUUCAAAUACCUUUGGAAGUGAAGAAGGGGAAAGCAAUGGCUUUUACUGCUCUCUGCUUCUGUUUCAGUUUUUUCAAGUCCUGGAAGAGGGCUGGACUGCCCACCCCAUCUUCCAAUUCUACAUAUAUAUAGAUAUAGAUACAAAUGCAUCUGUAUGUAGUUUGUGGGUUUCUCUAUGUAUAUAUAUGUACAUUGAAGCCAAGUGCUGUUUAUUUCUGUGGUCAGGGAAGGAAGGAGGAGGAGGGCAGCAGACUUGGGUUUGUAAGGAGGAUCGGCAGAGAGCCGGCUGGGCGUCUUGAUGUCUGUCCAGGGUGUCAUUCCUCCUGAAACAGGAUUCAUGCCUUCUCAGCUGAACUCACCGUUCAUCUCUCUACCUUCUCCCUUCCAGAGCAGAAAUGGGGCUUGCCAUGAUGGCCAGCUGCCUGCUCUGGCGGGGAGGUAAUGAAUUACCACAGAACUAAACGCAAGCCCUUACUUCUUGGUUCCUAGGUGAAGAGAGGGUGGCCAGCAAAGGGCACACUGGUGUCUGUCUUUCUUCCACGGGUUGGCUCCUGCUACAGAAGUAGCAGCUGCCUAGCAGGAGGGCCGAGAGGCAGGUCCUGCACAAACGCAAGCUCAUCUGUCAGGCCCUCUUGGUGCAGCCGGGGCCGGGGGCCUAGUGGCCCGAGGGCCGGUUCCUGUUCUGGAGCCAUCUGUGUGGAGCGCCAGGCUGCAGCGGCUCUAUUUAUAUCCUGCCUCUGGCUCGGCACCCUCUGGAGUGCUGUUCCAAAGGCGCUGAUUGGAUUCCUCCUUUCUUUUUGUGGGAGCUAAUUCCCCAGAUUGAUUAAUUGCCACUUGUGGGGAGCCCGCCUGCGGCUCCUUUCCAUCUCUCCACGUGCCGCCUGCAGACUCUUCUUUGCCCUGGGCCUUCCUCCAACCCGUGGACCCAAGCUCCAACAGGAUGGGAUCGGAUGAAGCGAGGGUGCCUCAGGUUUCUGGGUUCUGGGGGUCCCCUGGCACCCCUCAUUCCCUCAAGGUUUAUUUACAUGGAGCUGGCUGAGGCAGAGGGUGAAGGUGGAAUGGGUGGUAGGUGGGGGCCUGGACUCUGAUCCUUCUUUCUGCCAAAAUCUUGUCCUAGUUCAAACUCUUAGCACCCAGAAGCUUCUGUGAGGUUAUCCUACAAUGACUAAAGAUAGAUCGCUCUUUCCCAGUGAGAUAAUGGUGCUGCUCAAGAGCAGGGCAGAAGGUCCUGAAGAUAUAUGGGGGUGUGUCUGCUCUUUCCCCUCUUCUUCUGUUGGAGCCUGCCCCCUGGCUGCCUGGGAAUAAAGGUGGCUAUCAGGUUCCUUGAAGUAUUUCCUUCUUGGUGCUGUUGUCUUGGUGGGUUUGGGGACAUCUGCCUCUCCCCCGUUGCCUGCUUGGAUGUUGGCCAGGUCAAAGCCCAGGAGGCUUCUGCUGGUCUCACUGCAGUUGCUAGUGGCUUAGCUCCAAUGACCUUGGCAGGGGGAGGCUCUGAGAGCUGGGGAGCUGCUCCUUGCUGGGAGCUUCCAUCUUAGGGGAGUGGAUUCUUCUCUGCCACACCAGCCCUGGUGCUUCCUUUCUCUCGCCUAGCGAGGGGGGACCGUUCUGUCACAACCAGAGUUCAUUUCUGAGGGCGAUGAGUCAUUGUGAUGGAGGAGAGAGGGGGCAGUUUCUGGCCCUCAUCUUGCUGAUUGCUCUAUUCUUCUGGGCUGGGCCUGCGCUCUUGGGGUGGAGCCUGGACCUUCUGGCUAACGCCAUUCUCUGGGCAUCUAAAACCCCUGACUUUACCACUGGGCAGCAGCUCCAGCGAAACGGGAAAGCAGAGGUUGGGCAACUCCGUCUGCUUUUCCGAGGAAGCACUACCUCUGCUACCGUGCCCAAUGAGUGACACGCUGAGUACCUCUCCUAGGGCGUGUGGGGAACGGACACGGGUCUCACACUGGCUCAAUUUGUAGCCUUUCUUGGUGUGUGGCUUGCUGACCAGGGUGGAUCCUGGCUGAAAUGUGAAUGUGGGAUGCCAGAGCUGUAGGACUUCAGGGUGAGUUGGGCCAAUCUUCUGAUCCCCAUGCACUAGGAGUUCCAGGUCCUGAGCUUAACAAAGAAGAGGAGAAGAUGAGGUGGAAGGCUUUGCCUCUCUAGGAUAUCCUACAAGGCUGAGAGCCAGUCUUUGGGCUGAGGUGCCUCAGACUAUGGCUGUGCUUUCCCAGGGGGCCCACCAGCAAGCUAUCUCCAGGGCUAACAAAGGUGCUCGACUCCUGUCUUCUCUUCUUCCUCUGGCAGUGCCCCUUACCUCAGCACAUCAGACCAAAUAGUGGGAGCUGUGCUUUUUGCUGGCCACCCAGUGGCAGUUGUGCUGGGGCAUUCCCAAGGCUAGGCAAAGGACACACAACCAACGUAUCUCUCAAUGGCCUCACACUCACUCCUCCUCCCAAGAUGGCCUCCUUGUGACAGUGUCCUUGAAGGCUGGCAGCCUUCCUGCACCCCUGGGAGCUAUUUCAGUUCUUCCUUGAAGGGCUGUGGUGGAAAUUGGCAGAAUAUAGUCCCCUCUGUCUGUGUGAUGGAGAGUAAAGGUGUCGUAGGUACACACUUCCAUGCUGGGUGUGUGCACAUAUGUGAGGGUGUGGUUGUGCACCUUUGUGUGAUGGGGGUGUAGCCAUUUCUAGGGACCAAAUGUCCUUUGUACUCGGCCCUUGAACAAUUGCCAUGUGCGCUCGUGAGCUUCCUAUGACUUUCAUGCUCCACUCUGUGGGCAAUCAAAUGUCUUCCAGACUUCCUCUUUUAUGGUCUGGUACCUUUGCUGUAGAAGCAGCUCAGAUAAGCGCCUACUCCUGCGUCUCAGACUCUUGCCUGCCCCUUCAUUCUGCACCCUGACUAGAAACUGACUGUUUCAGGGUUAAGUGAUUUGCAGACUGGGACAAAGGUACAUGAUUCUUGAAGGAGCCUGAAGCUGAAAGCAUGUAGGAGGGUCUGAGACUGCAAUUGCUUGGGGAAUAAAUGAGCAAUAAGGAGAAGGCGAAUCCUGUUUUUUGAUUGCUGGCUGACCACACUGAGUGGGUUUCAUGGCUUGCAUGGGGUCUUGUGUGUGGAUCAUCAUUUGUGACCAAGUUCAGCAUGUGCUGGUGAGCCCCACCACCGUGUCUCCCCACCUGCUUCCCUAGCUUCUUUCCUUGAGAGAUAGGGUGGGGGGUGGUAUGAGAGACCUUUGGAGAUUCUACUUUCUCUGUAGGAAGGAAGGGUGCUUCAUCCCACAGGGCUGGUGGGGUCUGUGCCCCAAUUUGAAGAGCCUGUGUCCAAUUAUCAUGCUCUUAGGGGCAUCUCAAGCAGGGGUGGAUUGGGGUGAGUAAUUAUUUAAUAUUUUUCAAUGCUCUUUGUCUUUAUUUUGAUUUGGGAUCAAAAAUAUUUAGGGUUGUACUGAUUCCAGUUGUUUUCCUAUGUCUUUUACACAGAGGAAACUGGGUAGGGUUCAGAUGUGGAAUUUUCUGACGAGUUUUGGGUUUUUUUUUUUAAUCUUGUUUUUUUUUUUUUUUUCCUGAGUUGACAGAACAAUAGCUUCAAGGGAGAAACAGACUUUGCAAAGCAUCAGGGUGACUUUGCCACUCGCCGGGAUUAGAAUCCAGCGCCAAGGGAUGCAGGGCUGCAGCUGUUUCUUCCAGUUUUGUUAGAAAAGCCUUCUGGGGGGUUGGGGUGGGCUAGGGGGAGAAUUGUACAUAAAGUACAUUUUAUUACUACAUAGAAACAUAAGAAAAGAGAAGCUAAUGGUUAAUCUUGGGCUUGCUUUGCUUGCAUGUAAAGCUUUGGGCGCCAUCAUAGGGAUUUCCAGGGAGUAGUAGGAAGGAGUCAAAGAGGAAAGAUGGGUAGGAGUGAAAGGCAGCUCCCCUGAGCGCAUCCCCACUGCUCCCCCUGGGGAAGAGUGUGCAUUUUCACUAGCCCUUUUGGGCAAGCUCUGCCUUCAUAUCUUCUCCAAAAUAAAGGGAGGCAGGCUCUGGCAGGCCGGAGGGUUGGAGCCCCAUGGGGCUGCACUUGUUGCUUUGGGGAGAAGGUCCAAAUCUAAACUGAAUAAGGGAAUUGAUCGGGUGGGGUGCUUCAAGAAAGGGAGAGAGUUGGAGGACAGAAAGGAGGUCAGAUUCUUUGGCUUAGUGUCUGUAAGGCUAGAAAGGGAAUAUAGAGCUAGGUCAAUCACAAAGUAGAAAGAAGGUGGGGAUUCUGAGAUAUGACAGGCCAAAGCUGAGGGACAUUAAGCCUCACCUUUCUCUAUGGGGCAUGUGAUAACUUAUUACCCCUAAGGGUGCAGUGUACAAGUGAGUGGGGGGUCAACCCAAGAAAAGAAAAAGAGGAGCAGCUGUCUGGGGUGGAGCAGGCUGGAGAGUAGUAGCAGUGAAGGUCAUUUGAGGGGACAGAUGUGGGAGGGUGAUAUGGUCAUUGAAAAAAGAGUAAGGGGUCUUGGCACAUAGGCCCAGACUGGAUCUUGGAAGAGGUCUUGCUUCUUAGCCGGACUUCCUUGGUUCCUCUAGAAUUAGCCUAUAACACUAAGUGCCCAAACCAAACAUGGUCAUAUUCUCUGUGAUGUCUUUCAGCUUCAUGUGUUUGUUUUUAAGAGUUCCUCAGGCCCAAAGCUAGACUUGUCUUGAGAUCCCCAUCGUAUUGCCAGCUCUAUGUCAUUAGAGAAGCAGGACUCAUUCUCAUAGGCUUCAUUAGUUUGUUUUCAUAAGUGGAAAUGGCAGAUGGCCUUUUCCCUGUCUCCCAUGAUCUUAAACUGCUCGUAAGAUGUUGCUGGUGAUGGAGAGGAAGGACUGGGGUUUGCUUUUUUAUUUGUCACCUUUUCUUCUUGAGGCACAGAGACUGCCUUCAGACCAUGAAGCCACACAGUGGCUUUAUACCUAGAGGUUUGAUUCUCACUUUCUCCUCCUUUGACAGGGUAUGGCCACAGUCUGAUUAACAUAGAAGGACAAACGAGUUUCACCCUAAAGUUAGACCAGCUAUGCCACUGUCCUUUUUGAUGUCUCCAACCCUGCCUCUUUUCAGAUCGAGAGGCAGAAUUAAAAAUCUCUUCUUUAGAAGAAGUCUAUAAAAAUCAAGCCCAGGUGGGACUUUAGCCCUCCUAGCACCUUGAUGUUGGGUUAGGGAGGGGAUCCAUUACCACCCCUCCUUCCAACUGGUUGCAAAACCAAACUGGUCCAGUGCUUUAUUUCUGGGCCCCCUGUCUAUACUUUCAAAUAUUAGUCUUUCAUGAACAAAUAUCCUCACCACGUGCUCUGUGUUUUGGGUUGCUGAGAGGGUAGAAGUAUUUUCAUAACCUUGUUUUAAGCUGAUCAAAUAAUUUCCAAUAGAUUGGGUCUGAUUCAAAGACCCUCCUUACCCCAAAGAUUUCUGGGUAGGAUAAAGAAAAAUUAGGCAUUAGUACAAAUAUCAUUAAUAGCUUGCCAUACCUUAUAGAAGGAAAAGUUGCAGUAUCUUGAUCUUGAUCAAUAAAUAUGUUGGUAGGAGAGCAACCAGCAAUUGAAAUCACUUAGGUAUUCUUUUCUGUGAUGGGUCUAUAGUAGUAGUUGGGGUUUCUGAAGAGGGAUGAAGAAGUAAUUGCUAGCUCUGGAGUCCUGGCUGGGAGAGCUGGAUUGUGGAGAAUCGGGUACAGAUUCUCAGUUCCUGUCCCUGGUACCUUGGCUGUUUGCCUUUCCUGUCUCCCUAGACAGGGAUGUGAAUGGCUGUCUGGGCCUCUUCCUUUUAGUCUUGAAAUGUGCUCCACCAUCCCCACCUCUCCCUGGCACUGGAUUUCCUGGAUUUAUUUUAGGAACUAGGGCAAGCUCUCCACCUCCACUCCAUAUACACACCAGUUAGGCCUUUCUUACCCCAUUUCUUUAUGGCUCCAGGGAUCUUGAACUUGUGCAUGGUUUAUGAUGGGGAGAUGGUUGGGUGGGGCAGGGAAUCUGGGAGGGGAGAUGGGUGGGGCUGGGACGGGGGACUUAACAUUUUUCAGCCUUAGAAAUACUGUGAGCAUGCUUUUGGGUGAUGUAUGGGGUUUUUCCAUAGUAGUGGAAGGGGCAAAUGCUGACCCCCCUCAUGGGUGAUGAGGACUUAGAGGCUUUUUGCUUCCUUUUGGCUUAGGUCAUCUAUGAAACCUCGUCUGUGAUGGAGAGGAAUAAACCUCCUCAUGGUCAUCUUGCAACCCUUGGAAGGCAAUUGUAAUUCUGUCAAUGAAUAUCUAUAUUGCCUACGUGAACAAUGAGAGGUCUGUCAUGAGUAGACAGCGUCCUAGCUGGGUCAGAGAAAUGGGGCUGUCUCACAUGCCCCCUAAAGUUGCCAGGUCAUCUCCCUGGUCUCCAGUCCCAGCCAGCUGUCUAGUCUGUGUUCCUUUCCUGGGCUCAGGAAGUGAGAAUGUGUGCGCUGUGUGGGUGUGAGGGUGUCUGGUUUGUCUGUGUGUGUGAAUGUAUGGGGUGUGAGAGUAUAUAGUGUGUGGAUGUGAGUGGGUAUGGUGUGUAUGUGGUGUUUGUGGGCAUGUGUGUUGUGGUGCGAUGUGGGUGUUUUUGUUUGGCAUGUUUGUGGUAUGUGUAUGUCAGAGUGUGGUAUGUGUGUUUGUGGUGUGUGGGUGUUUGUGUCUGGCAUGUUUGUCGUGUGUUGGUAUGGGGUGUGUUUGUGGUUUGGGGUGUGUGUGUGUGUGCGUGCGUGUGUGUAGGGUUUAUAAGGACACACUAAUUUGCCUGAGUAGCAUCAGGCAGGCCUAGAUGACCCUCUUUCUGGUUGACUCUUUGAUAGGCAACUUCUGUUUAGGUAGGAGGGUGAAAUUAGGAAUAUACCAUCUUUAAUGUAUUUUUUAUGGAGAUUGUAUAUAAAAUUAUAUAAGUACAUAUAAUUUGUUCUAUUUUAAGGAGAGAGGGGAACUUAUGUAAGGGUGGGUGGGUGCAAGGAUCAGUUGCAGUAGUCAAGAGUGGGAGGCUUCAGGCAAAUGGGGCAUCUGGGGAGUGGGAAGUGGGAGGACAGGAGACUCAAGCUAGGCAGGAGGAGUGGGGCUCACCCCCUUAGCGCACAUAUAUAAAUAUACAGAAAACCUAUAUAAAGUCUAUCUAGCUAGCUUAUCUAUAUAUCUAUAUAUCUAUAUGAAGUCAUAGUUUGCUUUAUUUUUGUACCUGUGCUUAGAGAUGUUUUGAGCAGGACUGCCUUCCGCAGGUGGUCUAGAAUACUAGCUCAUGCCUUGAUGUCCCCACCUCCCCCGUCCUUUCUCCAUGCCUUUCUUCUUCUGAGAUACUCUCUGUUCAGAGUUGCUUGGGUCUUUCUGAUAGAAAUGUGUGUAUAUGAAAUUAAAAAAAAAAAUAGCAAGACAAAUAAUACACUUGCAGAAAGGACAAGUGAGCUGAAGGUUAUGGGAAGCUGCUAGAUCUGAUAGCCACAAGGAACACAGAUCCAGUAUCUCUUGUCACUAGUAAGGACACUGAGGCUUGAGCACAUUGGCACAGGUGCUUACUACAGUGAGUAUGGAGAGUUGAAGACUGUGAAUCUAUUCUCUUAUUGCUGAGGGUUGGUACCCAGUUCCUCUGAAGGAAUCUGUCUUAGCAGCAUUAGAAAGGAGAAGGUUAGGAUUACCUAUGGGCCUACAGAAGUACUUGUCCUGGUUGUAGCACCCUGACUCAGAACACUCCGGGACGGUGUGGCUGUGAGACAGCAGCAUCUUGACAGAGCUUGGCCAGGCUGCCUGCAAAGGUUCCGACAUGGAGAAGAAUACCCUGGUCAUUUUUGCUGCAGAUUCUUGGAACCCUUGUGAAUGUGAUAUCUAAUAUAGAUAUAUCAUAUAUGCUUUUUACAGUUAUUAUUUUAAUUGGAAAUUGAGGUGUUGUUGGAAAUGGGGUGGUCCCAUCCUGGGAUACUGAGUGGAAGAUGAAGUGUGAGAGAACUUUGGGCAAGAUGGGAAGGAUGAGGCUGUGUAGAACCUCCUGCCACCUGGCCUGGAACCUAUAGAACCCAACAAUAUAUUGGGAGAAUUUGGCCCAGAAUCAGAGAUUCUAGAGAGUGGGAGCUCACUUGUAUUGGAGGAGGAAACUCUGUGUGGCCUGAAGAAUACCUCUUUGAGAAUUCAGGACCUCACAUGCUGCAAGGGCUGUGCACCUUGCAGCCUCAACAAUUGUCUCUUGGAUGCUAGCUUUUUCUUCUGACUUACCAAGAGCUCAGAGUAAUGUCUUUGAAGCUGGUAAAGGGCCAGAUGGUACAGGCAGCCUGGGAGAGACUUGUGGCUGCAAUCUCUCUGCUCUCAUCCUGCUCAUCAACUACAAAAGGCAAUACUAACUCCUCCUCCCCAACCAAAGUGUCAUGUUACCCAAGAGCUUUUGUCUUAGGGAGUCUGAUCAUUAGAUGGACUCAGAUGCUUCAGCCACUGGAAGGGGCUCUCUUUAUCUUUGGGGAGUUUUAUGGGAAGAGUAGAUUGGGAUGGAACUUGACUCUGACUUCUGACCUGACUGCCCCCCCACCCCCGUGUAGACCUUAUAGGGCUCUGACAUUCACUCAGGCACUAUCCUAGAGGCCCCAGGAUAACUUGCUCAAAACACUUCUGAUUUUCCAAGGAUACUGAAGGAAAACGGGCUUUGUCCAUGUAGUACAGGAAGAGCUUUAAUAUGAGUCCAAUUGGCUGUGUGUCCAUCCUUGACUAACUUUUUCUGCAGUCUUCCAGGAGGCCAAAGGAAGAUAUAGCCAGAUGUUUCUUAGUAAGAUUUUUCAGGAAGGUUGGGCAAGAGACAAAGCAGCGCGUUCUAUGUCCCUUCCCAGCUCACAACCUAACACCUUCUAACCUACCCAAGCCUCCACACAAAGAGGGCUUUCCAUUAUUGGCUUUUGUUUGUUUGUUUGUUUGUUAUUUCUCUUAAAGUGGUCAUCCUUUCUUUCUCCAUAAACCCUGUCCCAUUUAUGGUACUCAUGCAACCAGCAAAAUAAAUCACUUUAGCAUCCCAGGCCUCUCAGAGUUUUAGUACCCUCAGUAGAUCUACAGUUGCUCUAAAACUCUACUUCUUCCCACAUUAUACUCAAGGCUUGAUCCUUAAGAAUCCUCAGCAGCAUCAAAGUAUACCAGGUCAAAAGUUGUUGACCACAUUCCCAUUUCAUUCUUUAACCUUUAGUUGACUCUUCAUUUAGGGAAGGAAAAGUGAAGACAGGGGACAUAGCCCUUACCUUGGAAUUUUGGAGCUUGCAGGGGAUGUAAUGCUUUCUUCUACCCUUUUCAUGAUCCUGGCCAUAAGCCCUCAGAAAGAUGGUGAAAAGAUAGACACUGAAGGGGGGAAGGAUAGAUAACCCAAUGUAGAUCUCCAGUUUCUCUGAAGAACCAGCCUUUUACAAAGGCACAGGAAGCAAAAUGGUUUGAGAUCUGAUUACAUAGGGAGUAAGCAAGAUUUCCUAUCUUUGAACCUCUCAGUUAAUGGGACAGGUUGGUGGGAUGGGUGCUCUGAUUAGGCCUGCGAGGCCCAUAGCCCCUGUUGGGAACAUGAGCUGUUCCAUAAGCUUGCACCAUGCUCCUUGGUCCCCAUGUGGUAGAAGGGAUUUUGAAUGUUUGCUUUUCCCUUUCGGUAGCUGGUGGCGGAAUCUGUGGAGUUGUUUUACUUUUGCUACCUCUGUCUGCUAGACGGAACAAGAGUUCCGAGUAGACCCAGUCACUGGGAAUUUCUCACCCAAGGAUCUGGGUGGGUCAUAUCCUUUCCCUCUUUAUCAUCAACCAGGAGCUUGGGGAAGAGGGGUUUAUCUAUUGCUCUUUGGCUUGUUGGUAGGCCCUUCUACUCUCCUUAGCUAUAGAUGUCCAUUCUGCCCCACUUUGGGCAAUAUAAAUGUAAAAAGUGGGAGAUGGGGAAACAGGAGAGCCUACACAGCACUCUGCUUGUCCUUAAGGGAUUGACCACGAUACUGGACGGUGGGCGUCUCUCCUGUUGUUUAGUAAACCACACUGCAGUGCCCAGGGACUGGGAGGGAAUGCUUUAUGGAAUGAUCUCAACUGCUGGAACUUUAGAUGGAAUGGUUGGUUUAGGGAAGAAUAGCAGUUUAAAGCCUCAUGUACCAAGUCAUAUACAUCAAUCUUAAAAGAUCUGGACAUCUCAUUCAGAUUUCAUUUCCACACUACCAUCUGUGGGGCCAGAGACCAAGGGCACGGAUGGCAUGUGCUUUCCCCCGUUGCUCCUUUUCCACAACCAUUGACUUGCAGGGACCACAUCCUGCUUCAUGCCAGGGAUGCUUGGCUCUCUUCACCUUCAGCUUUUUCUCUUCUACCAGGACAGAUUCUGUCAUCCUGAGUAGACUUCUUCCGUCACACACCUGGAGGCAAUUUUGUAUGAAUUUCUUUUGCCCAUUUCACCCGGUGGCCUGCGGACACACAGAGGGUGGGGGUGGCUACGCAGUGCGGGUGGGGAGGGGCUCCCAAUGCCGCCUCCCCAAGACCUCUUAAAAACUCCAUACCUCCAGAUGCCUGGUAGGCUCUUCUAUGAGUUCUUUUCUGAUGAAUCUGGAUGUGACUGUCAGUUUCAUCAUGGGAGUUCUUGCUCUCAUUUCAACCUCUUUCUUUUCCUUAUUCAGCUUUCUUUGGGAGUUGCUCCCCACCCAUGCCAGGUCUUCUUGUGAAGACCAUUCAAACCUCGUUUCCAUUCUUGAAUGUCAAGUAUUACCACAUAACUGCGCUAGGGUGCUUUAUGGUGCUGUUCUUGAAGAGGCCAGCUGGCCUGAACCUCCUUCGUCCCACUGGUUCCUUAAAUCUUGCUGUAUUUUGUCUUCUAUUUGAUUUUUUUUCCCCCUAGGGGUUGGGGGUGGGAGACAUGGGGGUGGCUUUUGUGUUCUCUCCUUUUUCUUCAUGUAUGGACUGGUUAAAGUCAGUUAUCAUGGGCAGCUGACUUCAUGGUAUUGGUUGGCUGAAUUUGGUUAAUUAUUAAAGACAAACCAACAAAUUGUACAGCUGCACACAGAACACCUUUAAGUGUGAAUUUGAAUGGCAACUAGAGGCUUACUUUUUGAACUUCAGGUAUGUAACUCAAAAGUAAAUAAAAACACUAUUUUUUCAGUAA